UAUAUAAAACGCGGAUGAUCAACCCCAGCCCACCCACUUCCUCUCCGCAUUUCGCCACAGUAUGCCAGUGGACACCAAGCACCCAGAAGUACUCGUGGUUGGUGCUGGACCCUCUGGUCUCGUGCUUGCCCUCUCACUCAUCCAAAAUGGCGUGUCGGUCCGCAUAAUCGACAGAAAUCCAGAAAUACGUGCUGGUCAACGGGGAGCAGGAAUCAUGCCGCGGUCUAUGGAGUUGUUUGAGCUCCUCGGGCUAUCGAAGCCCAUUCUCGACAUUGGUUUCGUUACCCCACCAGUAAAAACAUACGACCUACAUAAAGGCUUGGAAUGCUCGGGGACUUUUGAAAUAGCACCAUACAUGGAACCAACAGCCGCGUUCCCAUACCUUAACAUACUGUGCCUCGGGCAAGACCAUCUAGAAACUAUACUUCGGAGAGAGCUGGAGGAAAAGUAUCAUUGCCCCGUUGAGCUAGGCACGGAACUUCUCUCGUUCUCGCAGGAAAAAGACCAUGUCAACGCAAAACUAAGAACGCUCGAUGGUACGGAGCAAGAUCUUACGUUUUCAUGGUUACUUGGAGCCGAUGGUGCACGGGGAGUUGUGCGGAAAAUGUUGGGUCUGUCCUUCCUUGGGGAAACCAGCAACAUUGAUAAGAUAGUGGUGGGAGAUAUUUUUGUCGAAGGGCUGGAACAAGAGUUUUGGCAUAUGUGGGGUGAUGCCGGGAGCACACUAAUCAGUCUCCGACCCACGGAAACUCCCUCGUUAUUCAAUUUCAUCUUGACUGGCAAGAACAUUGAUAACGCUUCAAUGUCCCAUGACUUGGAUGGUCUUCGAGAGACAUUUAACCAAUGUACGGGAGCAGGCGACUCUGUGAAAUGGGGCAAAAUAAAUUGGGUCUCAAAUUACCGACCCAAUAUUCGGAUGGUCGACAGUUUCGGGGAAGGGAGGGUCUUCUUAGCUGGAGACUCUGCACAUGUGCAUAGCUUCACCGGAGGCCAGGGCAUGAACACAGGAAUCCAGGACUCGUUUAACCUCGCCUGGAAGCUCGCAUUAGUGCAACGAGGCCUGGCAUCCCCUUCACUCCUCCGAACAUACACCGAAGAGCGCCUUCCCGUUAUCGCCGAAAUGCUCAACCAGACGACCGUUCUACUGAAGCAAACAUUCAUAAAAAAAGAAAAGCCCUCCGCGUGGCGUCGCGGGGGCAGCCUCCUCCAGCUUGGAGUGAACUACCGGUGGAGUUCCAUAGUAGUUGACGAGCAGUCGGACGACGAGGAUGAUUACUCUGAUGAUGAGGAUGACUUCCCUGACUCAUACGGAGAGGACCUUGGCGCCCAGUUACGUGCCGGAGACCGUGCCCCUGAUGCACCGGGUCUGCUAAACUUGACCUUAGAAGAAGACAGACCUACGACAACGAAGAGGCUUUUCGAGCUAUUCGGUGCCUCACAUCAUACAAUAUUGGUGUUUGCGCGGGACCUUCACCGAUGUUCUACAAUACUAAAAGGUAUCUCAUCGUCAUGCCCGAAGGGACUCAUUCGGACUGUUCAAAUCGUCCGCGCUGACUUUGGACGGCAUGUGGAAUGUGGUCCCUUCUGCGCGGAUUACACGGUCGAGGAUACCCGAGGGCAUGCAUAUGAUGCGUAUUCCUUGACCGAAGGAUGUUGCGCCGUUGUGGUAAGGCCGGACGGCUUCAUUGGGGCAAUUGUGCAGGAUAACAAUGGCCUAAGGCAAUACUUUCGUGGAAUAUUCGGUUCGAAUUGAUGUCCCUAUUGCUGUCUUUGAUGAGGUCCCUCAUACCACUACGCUAAUUAAU